UACAAACACAUCACAAAAUCUCUCUCUCCCACUCUCUCUCUCUCUCUCUCUCUCUCUCUCAACACCACCAUGGCCUCUCCAACACUCAUAACUCCCACAUCCACACCCAAAUCUCUCCCACCCAUCAAAACCAAACCAACCACCAUCUCCGUCACCUUAACACCAACCACCACCACCACCACCGUACACCAACGCCGGCGUGAAUUCCUAUCUACCACCUCCUCCAUCAUCGCCACCACAUUUGUCAUCCACGUGACCCCUGCAUUUGCUGCUACAGAUGAAGAGUACGUGAAAGAAACAGAGGAAGUAAUAAGCAAGGUGAGAACAACCAUAACAAUGGAUAAAACUGACCCAAAUGUUGCUUCUGCUGUUGCUGAUUUAAGAGAUAGUUCAAACUCUUGGGUUGCUAAGUAUAGGAGAGAAAAAGCACUUCUUGCAAGAGCUUCUUUUAGAGAUAUGUAUUCUGCACUAAAUGCUGUUUCGGGUCAUUAUAUUAGUUUUGGACCAACGGCUCCUAUUCCUGCUAAGAGAAGGGCAAGGAUUUUGGAGGAAGUUGAAGUUGCUGAGAAAUCACUUAAAAGGGGAAGAUAAGGAGAUAACAAAAUAACCACUUAUGCUCUCAGCUAGUGUACUUGGAGGAAAGGAAUUUUUGUUUUCAUUCCUCUGUUUCUAUUUUUAGAUUCUUGUUUUUUUAAUUUGGUGUUUUUGUAUUGUUGUAUCUAUCCAAAACUUAAAUUACAUUAUGAGGCUUACUUUUUAUGUUAAUAAUAUAAAAGGAGAAGAUUAUGCAUAUAAUUGCAUACAUUAAAAA